UCAGCUGUUUUUCAUGUUAAAAUUUGUUCUUUUAUUUCAUUUCAGCUAGUUUUUUUCUCUUCUUCAAAGAUCUUAUGCAUAUUUUCCUCAAUCAUUCCGCAGGAAAACAUUCUCACUGCUGUUUCGCAGGAACAACAUUUUCUAGUUUUCCUUAUUAUUCCUCCUCUCCAGAUGCAAACCAGCUGUUUUUUAGCCCCAGAUCCAGCUCCAUCAACGGCACCAGCGAGCAUGCUGACGUCACCUUCUUCAUCAUUCAGGGCCUCGCUAACCUCACCGAAAACAAGAUGAUCUUUUUUACCAUCCUGCUACUGGUUUACAUCAUCAUCCUGGGAGGAAACGGCCUGAUCAUCUUUGUGACCCUGACUGACCCGAAGCUUUUCUCUCCCAUGUAUUUCUUCCUCCACAACCUGUCCUUUGUGGACGUGUUGUUCACCACCAGCAUCAUGCCCAACAUGCUGGCCGGCUUCCUGGUGGACCAGUUGACCAUCUCCUACUCAGGCUGCUUCCUACAGAUGUACUUCUUCAUCGGGCUGUCUGUGACCGGCCGUGCCAUCCUAACCGUCAUGGCCUAUGAUCGUUACGUGGCCAUCUGCAACCCUCUUCGCUACACCGCCAUCAUGACCCGGCCCGUCCAGGUGCUUCUCGUUGUAGGUGCCUGGGGAUUCGGGGCUCUCUGCCCUCUGCCGGCCAUUACCAUGGCCCUGCAGCAGCGUUAUUGUGGCCCAAAUGUGGUCCGGCACGGCUGGUGUGACCCAUCUUCUGUUAGGCGUCUGGUGUGCGGUGACACGUCAGCGGAUAACAUUGUGUCACUUACCUUUGCUCUGGUGGCCCUGUUGACCACCGGAGUCCUCAUCCUCACCUCCUAUGUGCUCAUUUCUGUGACCAUGUCCAGGAUGGGUGUUGCUCAGAGGCUGAAGGCUUUGGGGACGUGUACCGCCCACCUGACUGUGGUGUCCUUCUCCUACAGCGCAGCCUCAUUUAUCUACAUUUCCUACCGAGUGGCAAACGUUUCACCAGAGGUACGCAUCAUUGUGUCCGUGCUGUACUCCGCUCUGACGCCCUUCCUCAAUCCCAUCAUCUACAGUCUGAGGAACAAGGAGCUGCAAGACGCCAUCAGGAGGAUCGGGACGAGGUUCCGACCGGCGGUCAUGUCUGCACCAAAGAACAUCCAGACUGUGACCUGACAGGGAAUUAAUCCCCCCCACCACCACCACCACCACCUUAGAGGAAAGCCUGAUGUGUUAGGAUCAUUUAGUGUCUUCGAUGGGGUCACCCAAUCAGCUCAAACUGUGCUUCUGCUUCACACCUCCAAGAACAUCUCACACUUCUCAACCAUCUAGGCUGCACGGUUCCUGCCUCCAUCUUCUCACUGCUGCUGCUGCUCAUUAGCGCCUCCAACAUCCACAGACGUCACAACCUCCUUCCUUCACAGGCUGGAAGACAUGAUGAGGGCCUGAGAUGUUCAUCGCUCCAUGACCUGUUGAGCAACCUGGAGCAGGAUCACUGAGCUCAGAACCUAGACACCAAACCCAGA